AUGUGCGAUACAAACGUUCGUCUAGAUGGAAAGGUCGCACUCAUUACUGGAGGCAGCUCUGGAAUUGGAUAUGAAACAGCUAAAAACUUGGCAAACAAAGGAGCCCGCGUCGUCAUAGCCAGCAGAAAUGAAACUAAAUUGAUGAGGGCUAGAGACAAAAUUGAAAAGAUAUCAGGGAACAGAAAUGUGUCUUACAAGCUAUUGGACUUAGCUUCUUUAAAAUCAGUGAGGAGUUUUGUGAGUGCCACCAUCAACACUGAAGAAAGAUUAGACAUUUUAGUGAACAACGCUGGGGCCGUGGGACUGUCUGACAGAUUGACGGAAGAUGGCCUCAAUCUUACCAUGCAAGUCAAUUUUUUUGGUACAUUCCUAUUGACGUAUCUAUUGCUGCCUCUGUUGAAAAGCUCAGCACCGAGUGGAAUAAUUAAUAGUUCAGCGUCGUCAAUGUACGUCGGACAUAUCGAUUUCGAACAGUGGAAUGAUAUUGAACGAUACACUCCCAUAGAAGUCCUGGCGAACUCAAAACUAGCAGUCACUCUGUUUAGCGCAGAGUUAAGUGCAAGGCUUAAAGAAUAUGGGGUGACUGUGAACACAUACGAUCCCUUUGUUGUUAAAGACACUGAUAUAUUGGAUAAUCUUCCAAGUUUAUUAAAAAAUAUAACCCAACUAUUUGUGGAUAUUGUCGGACAACCCAAAGAAGACGUUGGAAGAGAAAUCGCUUACUUAGCAUCCGAUCCGCAGUUUGAAACAAUUAGUGGCGAGCAUUAUAAAUUCUGUAAAAAGUGGAUAAAUCAUUGGUUGGUUGAUGACAGACAUCUGACAAGAGAAUUGUGGGAUGUUUCUAAAAAAAUCGUAAAUAUAUCUACAAGUGAAGAUCGGGAAACAUGA